AUGCCGUCAGCAACUCGUCAAGAUCAGCUCGUGUUAGUCCCUUGGGACCCCAACUCCCCAGAGCAUGUCAACCGUAUUUAUUCACAGCGAGUUCAAUGCGGUUGGGAUAACCAUUUAGUUGAAGGAUGGAAAGAGAGGCAAGUCUCGGGCCGGAAGUCCAUUUUCUGGAUCACGCUGCGACCAGAUGACCCCGAAACUCGCGAAACACUCCAAUUACACUUAGAUGCGUACCCUGAAGACAAGGCACCAUUGCUUGAUACAGCCGAAAGCCUCAGAGCCAAACCCCGAAAGCCUACACAUACAAAGUUUUAUCCUGUGGGCCAUAUCUCACUUGAUGACAGAAACGAGAAAACAGGAAACUUUGUCCUUGAUCUUCCCACAGAAGGCGUCUACUGGAUCAAGACCUUCUACGUCUCAAAAGCACUUCGAAGCAAAGGCAUCGGGCGAGCAGCCAUGGACAUCAUCGAGUCAAUGGCAAUUGAGGAGCCCCUAUGUGCCAAAACCCUCGCACUUGAUACCGCCGAGAAGGAGAUACAGAAGAGGUUGUACCGAGAAAAGAACGGAAAGGAGCUGGGUUCAACUAACCAGGAUUGGUAUGAACGGCGAGGAUAUAGGCUGAUUCACAUGCAGCCUGGCCACUACUUGGAUGACGAAGAUCCUCCUGUCGAUGCUGUGUUUCUACGACGAGAUAUCACAUAG